AUGAUAGACGAAACUUCUAAUGCACUACCUAUUGUGCAAACGAUUGAGGAAGAAGAAGUUCAACCAGAGAAUGUUCCUUUGCCUACCGACUCAAUGAUCACUGUACGGUUGUCGGACCUCGACCUGAAUACUCAUCCCAUAAUUGUGGAAGAGCCAGUAGAGGAGCACCCAAUCGACGUCGUUACAGGGACUGCACACUCUAGUACAGUCUCCUCACUAUCUACCUCAUCUUCGAGACCAUCUAGCAGAAGUUCAAACGCGUCGAGCACUUCCAACUCGGUUGACUGGGAAGGUCUUGACAAGACUGAGGAGCAAGAGGUCAAAGAUGAGGCUACAGACGAGUCAACCGCCCUUCUUCUGGCCAGGCUCGAACAGGAGAACAAUGCUCUUGCAAUCGAUCCCAAAUCGGGCAUUUCUCCGAAGAGACAAAGAGCUGACACUCGUCCCAUGCCGAGGCCCAUGUCUGUUCAUGGCCUGAAGAAGUUGGUCAACGGCCCACAAAGACAAUCUCUACGAUACUCUCUCGUACCUGCACCUGCUAUGACCGAGCUCGAUUUCUGGGCAGCCCUCGUGCAAGAUUAUCCUCAGACCGUCCAACGAUUACCUACCCUUACCUCCAAUAAGAUUCGAGGAGGUGUGCCUCCACCGCUCCGAGGCGUGGUAUGGCCCAGUAUUGCUGGUGCUCACGAUCCAAAACUUCACGAAGACUUCCAAAGGUUAUCGAUCGAGACGAGCCCCUAUGACGGUCUAAUAGGAAAAGACGUAGGCAGGAGCUUUCCCAAUGUCGAUAUGUUUAAAGAGAAGGAUGGCGAAGGUCAACAAAUGCUUAGAAGAGUCCUCAAAGCUUUCAGCUUGUAUGACGAAAAGAUCGGCUACUGUCAAGGUCUUGGGUUUGUGGUCGGUCCUCUAUUGAUGCACAUGAGCGAACCUGAGGCUUUUGCUGUAUUGGUCAGACUCAUGGAGCAUUACGACCUACGAUCCUGCUAUACUCCUGAUCUGGCUGGUCUGCAUUUACGCAUCUACCAGUUUCAGCAAUUGCUCACCAAACAUAUGCCAGAACUUUCUGCUCAUCUGACCGCGCUGAAUGUUGAGCCACUAUAUGUCUCCCAGUGGUUCCUGUCAUUCUUUGCAGUUACGUGUCCCUUGCCCAUGCUAUUACGGAUUUACGACAUUAUUUUGGCAGAAGGUGCUACAGAAACUCUAAUGAGAGUGGCUUUGUCACUCAUGCAAAGAAACCAAAAGAAACUUCUGGCUUUCUCCGAAUUCGAGGAUGUCAUGCAAUUUCUGCUCUCACGAAGUCUGUGGGAUACCUAUGCUCAACACGCCGACGAUAUGGUCACAGAUUUCACCUCACUCACCAAUCUUGUUAGCCGCGAGACAUUACAAAACCUCGAAGGAGACUUCAAACAAUCACAAACGCCUGUCAUACCAUCUCCACUGAAAAGUGCUGCGACCUCUUUACUUGGCAGGUUCUGGGCUGGUGCCAGUCAUCAACAAACAAAGUCAAAUUUGAGCCUCAGAAUUCCUGGUGAAUCUGUGACUGUCACCACGUUACGUAAGACUUCUUCUGGCAACAGUCUCACUUCAACAGUGGCUUCGAUCGAGAUAACCACCUCCGAUAAAACUUCGGAAAGCACUGAUCUUUCUGACGCGGGUCGAGCGAAAAGCGAGGUCAUUUCUUUGGCGUCAUCUGAUACUGCACCUACCACUAUGUCGGACAAAGGUUUACACAGUCAAAUAGAAGAUUUACUUACUGCGCUUGGAAAGUUGCAAUAUCAGCAAAUGGAACUGGCACGUGAGUUGCAACGUGAACGAGAGGAACGAGAGGAAGAACGAACAUUGGCAACUUCUCUUCUUCACCAAUUGCGCAAGCAAAGAGAAGAGAGGCGACUAUCUACUUAUGACGAAGAGUCGGCAAAGGCAGACGAUGAGAUCGAGGAGUUGAUCAAUAAUGCAAGCCAGAAGUUAUGCCCCACAGAAUCCCGAAGGAUAUCCAUAAUCCAAACCAAGCACCAAUUGCGAGACGCGGCGGUUGAAUGGAAGGAAAAGCAUGAAACAGAAGCUGCUAGAUGUCAAGACCUGAUGAGACAACUCGACGAGCGAGAUUCCGAACACAACACAUUACGGGACGAACUGAGGGAGGCCCGCCAACGCAUUCAGGAUGCUCACAAGGACAAGCAGCGCCUGGAGAGGCAAGUUCAAGAUCUCAAAACUCAAAAUCGGUCGAGUCCUGCACUCGAGUCUCCUCAAGACCUUUAUACACCUAUCAGCGAGAAAACGGAGCUAGAGCUAAAGCUACCACCUCCGGCCAAAGGACUGAGAGAGUUCAGACUGGGCCGAGCAGACAAUCCUCGCGCUUCCUCUCUGCAAUUCUCGAAACGCUGUAGCAGUCUUAUGAUGGCACCCCCACCAGUUGAGCAGACUCAAUCUCACGAAGCUUUGUUGCUUGAUUUAGUCAACGCGAAGACUGCGGAGGCUGUGGCAAGACAGGAGCUGGAAGAGACGAAAGGCAAACUAGAUGCAUUGCGAAAGAUCAUCAGUGGAGGCGCUAUGACACCAACACUGAGUGCAAAGUUUGAGCACAGCAGUAGUGCGUCAAUAUUCGGGACCACUCCGCCGUCCGCAUCAGCAAAGACUCCUGAGAUGCCCAAACCUGCUACACAUGCUCAUGCUCCUUCGACGAGUAGUGUAGGUGGGUUCUUCUCCGGAUGGGGCAAGCGGACAUGA